AUGGUGCAUAUCCAAGCGUCCCAUGAAGUGUCUGCUCUUGAUCUGGUCGCGGCGCAAACAAGUGAGAUAGGAAAGGUCCGCAGUGAGCUUGAGGCUUUGAAGACACAGCUAGAUGAACAUGUUGCAAUGCAGAACGAGCAUGCCAAUACCGAGGUAUUACGUGAAGAGAUACAGUCGCUCCUUCGACUCGUGGGUGAAAUACUUCGCGGACGCGAAGAUCAAAAGCAGCUGGACAGGCUUCAGAAGAAGCUCAUGGAAGCUGAGGUGAACAAGGCCGGACUCCGACAGCAACUGACUGAGGCAAGGAAUGCAUUGUGCGAGGCCAUAUCACAAAGAGAGCAACUUAUUGCGGAGUAUGGGCAGGCUUGCGAGGGAAAAGAGUCACUUCUGGACGAAGUGAAGGCUGUAAAGGCCAAUUCUGAGAUCGAGCGCGACGCAUUCAUCAAGCAGUUAGCCGAAGUAGAACAAUCUCUGGCCUCCACGAACGCGCAGUUGGACGACAUGCACGAAUAUACAAUAACUCUGCAGAAAGACCAGGAAUGGUACGAGAAAGAGCUUACUCAAAGUUGCGAGACUAUCUCUACCCUUUUGCGUGAGCUGUCGGAGCAAGAAGAAGUUUGCCGUCGCUCGCAAGACGAGUUAGCGGCUGCUCGGACAAGAGGCUCUGGUCUCAAUCGCUGGUUGCUUCAUUCCACACAAGCAGAUCUCGGGAGGGUCCAGGUGGAGAUCGCCAUAUUGUCUAUAGCCGAAAGAGACACCGUGCUUGAGGCGGAACUUGCUCAAGUCGUGAACGAACUAUCGGAAUGCCGCAUUGAAUUAGCUCGCCUUGGGAUUUUUGAUAUACGAAGCAUUGGCAUCGUGACGGCGGAUGAGUUCAUAUGGGCACAAUGCCCCGACUUGGCCUUCUUCGUUAAGCCCGCCCAAAUUCUUGGCAAGAAUGGUGCCUGGAAAGGGUGCGGGAACAAAUCAAUUAAGAGACUUCAAAAGGAGGGCGCUGCUGAGUUGAUUCCGCAUUUCUCCGGCGCAUACUACUACGUUGGUUCUUACACCGUCGGCAAACAAGAGCGCUUGACGCUUCAAGAAUUUGAACAGCUUCCGGAGAAGAGUUCUCACCGAUGGGCCCAAUAUCAGCUAUUGGGUUUAUGCUUGAACUGGGCAUUAUUCGCCACGGUAAACAUACAAGCAUACAGGUACCACGAGAGCUUCCCUUCCGACCCAUUGCGUUUCAAAUUCCUAGUGUGCGGUGUACUUCUACAUGAGUGGAUCCAGACUGGCUUCAUCACUGCAAACAGCAUGGAAAUGUUCGUGUACGGUUAUGGUGACCCAUCUUCCUUGAUCCGAUUUCACAGCGGAUGGUUCUCGGUAACGAUCAUGAGUGGUAUGAUCUCAGUGAUGGUACAGACCUUUUUCGCAUGGAGGGUCUACAAGUUCUCCAUGUCCCGAUUGUGGGGAGGAAGCAUCGUUUUACGUUGCCGCCUUUGUUUGUGGGGUUAUGGUGAGGCUCCUGGGUUCGGCUCGUACGUUUCUAACAGAAGACCUCAGCAACGUUCGACCGGAUUCGCAGCCCACAUUCAAGGAAAGCUGUUGACCGUCUCUGCCGUCUGGCUCACUGGAAGUUCAGCUGUAGACAUCAUAAUCGCCAUAUCGAUGACUACUCUACUGCGCGAAACAAUGGUAUACUCGACUAUUGUUCAAAAUUUGACAAAGUUCUAUGCCAUCACUUUCUUGACCAACCUCAAUAGCCGCGUACGUUUCAGGAAACGUAUGGAAAGGGACCUAGUUGUGGACCUUUUUCCUAUGAGCCUCAAGUUCGCUUCUGUCUCGGCAGCUCUUUCCGACGAGCCUUAUUCAGAACCCAUGCAGCAUCCAGAUGAGAGUAUGGCGUUAUUGGGAGGGAGCACACCUAGCACAAUAAAAACAGGACAAGUGAUUCGAGAACAACCUCAGCCGAAGACAGCUCAGAUGGAGCGUACCGCAAUGGAUCCGUUGCCGACAACCGUAAUGCAUGAUUUACUGGUCAUGCAAGGUUCGGAGAUUGCUCGGCUUCGCGCGAAACUUGAGACCUCUGAGCUGUCGCUCAACGAACGCAUUUAUAAGUCCGAUAACCAGCGAUUGAAAGAGGAAUACUUUCGGCUCCAAUUGAAUGGUCUACAAGAGGAGCUGCGUGACUCGAAAAGUGUGCAAAACGUACUGAAAGCAAGGGUCAAAGACCUCGAGGUCGAGAAAGCCGAACGCGAAGCAGUGAAUGCACAGAAAGGGCUGAUAACCGCCUUGACGGAUCAACUCAGGCUUCUCAACGAGAAGCACGAGAACGAUCGACUGCAAGAAAAGCUACAUGAGGUUGAAGCCAAACUUGCCGAAAAUGACGAGCAUAAAACCGAGCAGCUGUCUCGUGCACUGCUGAAGGAGACUGAAUAUAUCAAACGCAUUGAAUUGCUGGAGGCGUCUUGUGAAGCUCUACGACAGGAAAACGAGAUGGAACGAUCCAUAAUACGCAUUCGGACAGAGUUGGAUGAGUUGCGAUCGCACAAAGUAGGCACCCAAGGAAAGAAUGUUAUCAAUACGGAAAGUUUGACGCGCAUUGAGAAUCUAUCCUCGGACUCGCUGCAAGGAAAAGGGAAGCAGACAAGGGAAGAAGAAUGGACAGGAACUCCGUCAUCCGGGUUUGAGCUCAGUGAGGUGCAGCUGCUGUAUAGACCACGACUUGUGAGAAUUGCUGACAUCUUCCAUUGUGAUAUGGAGGCGAUUGUACGAUCGCAAGGAAUCACAGACGUUCUGGGAUCACGUCCUUGCAUUCCAGAUAUACGUACCGACGGCAAGAAUAUGGCGGCAGUUUCCCCAGGAUCCGAAGGGAGUCUAGAAAAUUUCAACGACCUGACCCACAGUACUGUACCGGAGUCAAAGAAUAUCCGGAUAACUGUUGAAAGUCAAGGCAAUUUCGUAUGGACCUCAUGUCCAGAAGCGGGAUAUUUCGUCUUCGCAGAGAAGUACAUGGGAUCCGACAACGACUUCACUCCAUUCAAACAUAAAGCGAUACGUCAAAACCAGGCCGCCGGAAGAGUAGAGCUGUUUUUCGGCCCGAAUCCCAUGCGCGCAUACUACGCCGGGUCCUACGUCAUCGAGCAUCCCGAAUCGCUUGACGUUGGUGCAUUUAAGAUGCUGCCGGAACCGGUGCAGAACGCUCUAACGAAAGCUUCAGCAUGCGGAAAGCAAUCAAAGCUUGAUCAGGCGCAAACAAUGUACCUAAGUGGCGAGCUGAAAGCAUUGAAGUAUACAACGCGACGCACGGGAUAUCGCGCAGAAUUCGAUGCCUUCUUAAAAGCGUCACAGGCAGAUCCGGAGGAAAAGGAGGAGUAG